UAAUAUUACGUAAUGCCAUAACCCAACUAAUUCUUCCUAUCAAAUUUGAGAGUGCUAAAUUGCUUAGAGUUACCUAACAUUUUUUUGGUUGAAGGGAAGGAAAUUAAAUCAUGCCCAAUAUCAUGUAUCGUUUUUUCAUCAUCUCCCUUUGUUUGUGUGUUGCAAACUCAACAUCAACAGGAAGAAUAAAGUAUCUUCCAGGGUUUCAAGGACCUCUUCCUUUUUAUUUGGAAACCGGCUAUGUUGGCGUGGAUGUGAAUGAGGAUGUUCAAUUGUUUUAUUACUUCAUUCAUUCUGAGUCAAAUCCCAAAGACGAUCCUCUCAUGCUCUGGCUUACUGGUGGUCCGGGUUGUUCCUCCAUUUCUGGCCUCCUCUUUGAAAUCGGUCCAAUUGAAUUUGAGGCCGUGGCUUAUAACGGAAGCUUGCCGAGUUUGAUUUCGAGAUCUCGUUCAUGGACCAAGAUGACAAACAUAAUCUUCUUAGAUAUUCCCGUUGGUACUGGGUUCUCUUAUGCUAGAACGGCACAUGCUUCUUGUUCUAAUAACAUCCUAUAUUCUGAGCAUGCCUACGAAUUUAUAAGAAAGUGGCUCGAAAGUCAUAUGGAGUUCAUUUCCAACCCGUUUUACAUUGGAGGCGACUCGUACUCUGGAAACCCAAUCCCCAUAAUCACACAAAUAAUAUCAAAUGGAAACGAAAUUGGCAUUAAGCCUUACAUUAAUAUAAAGGGAUACGUACUCGGGAACCCUUUGACAUUCCCAGAAGAAGACAAUUAUAAAAUACGAUUUGCAAAUGGUAUGGGGCUUAUUUCCGAUGAACUCUAUAAGUCACUAUUCCACAGUUGUCAAGGCGAGUAUCGAUCGGACUACAUAAACCCAGACAAUGUAGAAUGUCUGCAAAAUCUUGCGUUAUACGAGAAAUGUAUAGACGGGAUCCAACAACCCCAAGUAUUAGAACCAUAUUGUGGUGAUACUGAAUCGCCAAUCAAAUUACCUAGACAAAUGUUGUCUAAAGAGCGACGUUUACUUUCUGCAUUUUAUUGUCGGUUUGAUGAAACACGUCUAGCUUAUUACUGGGCAAAUGAUGUUGGCGUUAGAGAAGCAUUGCGAAUCAGAAAGGAGAGCAUUGGAACUUGGAUAAGAUGCAAUUAUGAUUUAAAUUUCACAACGAUAGUAGAUGAUGUCAGACCUUAUCAUCUCAACCUCAGCAACAAGGAUUAUCGAUCACUUGUAUACAGUGGUGACCACGAUAUGGUUAUUCCUCACCAAUCGACUCAAGCAUGGAUAAAAGACCUUGGUUACAUUGUUAUUGAUCAAUGGCGAUCAUGGAAGGUUCAUGGUCAAAUCGCAGGGUACACAGAGACUUAUUCCAAUAGAAUGACAUAUGCCACUGUAAAGGGUGGGGGGCACACAGCCCCCGAGUAUAAGCCCGAAGAGUGUUUUGUGAUGUUCAAGAGGUGGAUACAUGGUCAACCAUUGUAAUCCAUCAAUGCACAUUAAUAAACAUACGGUUUGGAAGAUAUAUGGUCUACAAAUCUUGUAUUGUCUAUUCAUUCAACAAAUACCAAAAAUAAAAAAAAAUGCAAUUAUAUUGUAUAAAUGAGAUGUCUACCACGAUACCAUGCAUAAUUUGAAAGUGGCUAACUCAAUUUAUAAGUGUUUGGAUGUGUGUUUUCAAAAACUUUGUGUGUUCUCAAACUGGAAUAUUAAUUAAGAUGAUUAGUUGUAAUAAAAAAAAAUAAUGUAAAUAAUGUUUCAA